AAGAAAGGAGAGUGAUUAUGUUUCCGCCAGGACAGCCCGUGAAGUGAAAGAAGAGUCUCAGAGAGGGGUUACAUGAAUGAGGGAGGCGAAUGAAAGAGUGUAGACGAGGAUGGAGAGGCAUUCCUGGCUGCGUGCUUAAACGGCAAGGAAGAGGAAAAGCAGCUAAUCUGAAAUCCAGAUGCCUUGGGGACCAGCGGAGGGUCAAGCCAAUCAGCACAAAAGGAGCGCUCCAUCCCCUCUCCCACUCUCUCCUCACAGAUCACCAGGACAUCAACUGGGUACUUGUUAACCGCGUCUUCUCUGGUUAAACUCUCCGUCCUCCACGCACAGCUCAAGGAGUCGGAUGUUUUGAGGGCAUUUUCUUUUUCUCCUGAAAAAGUUUGUUUUCCAGCUUCCGGAGGAGUUUCCAGAUAUGUUCAUGUUGGGAGCACUCUGACAGACCUCCAGUCAUGGGACUUUUUUUGUGCACCAAAUCCCUCUGCAGGCUGGCUGCAGCCUGGUUUCCCCUGUUCUUCUCAUCACUCCUACUGCAUACGAUUGUCUCUGUCCACGGUGUCCCAUCCUGCCCACGCAGCUGUAGCUGCCCAGGAACUAAAGAGGUCCAGUGUACGUUCAGGCACCUCGCCACCAUUCCCAGGGCCUUUCCUAAAGCUACAGAGAGGCUCAACCUGGGUUACAACAGCUUGACAGAGGUGGAGGGGUCAGAGUUCAGGUCACUGCAGCAGCUUGAAAUGCUCAUGUUGCAUGGAAACGACAUUAGCCGAGUCCACCCUGGGGCCUUCUAUACCCUGAGGUCACUGCAGAUCCUGAAGCUGAGUUACAACAAGCUCAGAUCAGUGAAUUCCGGUCUCUUCGAGGGUCUGGUCAGUCUGAUCCGUCUCCAUCUGGAUCACAACCUUCUAGACUUUAUAGAGCCAUACUCCUUUUCUGGUCUGACCUCUCUGAAACUCCUGCAACUGGAGGGGAACCUGCUGAAACAGAUCCAUCCUCAUACCUUCAUAACUGUCUCAAUACUUGGAAGCUUUUGGAACUCUGGACUCAAACACUUACACCUAUCAGACAACCUCCUGGAGGAGAUCCCUCCUGCAGCAUUAAAAACAGCUCCCAGGCUGGAGCUCCUCACUCUCCACGGUAAUCCCUGGAACUGUGACUGUCAACUUCACUGGUUCCUGGAAUGGAGCACCACUCAUGAAGGAGUAGUAAAAUGUAAGAAAGAGCGAGGUGAGGCUGAGACAUGCCCUCAGUGCUCAUUUCCUCAGCUUCUGAAUGGAACCCAGCUGCUGGAGUUGACUGCAGGCAAGCUCGUCUGUGAACGACCAUUUCUUCGUUCCCCUCUCAAACAGUGGGACAAUCCUCAUUGGGCAGAAUCUGAAGCUGAGCCUGACCUUCCAUACAUCCGGGACUUAGAAAAACCUUUGGGCCAACUAACCAUCGUUCUUUCAGACAGCCAUGGAAACCGGGCUUUUGUGUCGUGUGAUGUACGCCAUCCGGGCGACAGUUCCCCCAUGACAUGGAUUUUAAACCCGCAGUCAUCAAUGGAGCUAUCUGUAAAUGUGUCACUGGUGACUGUCUUGGAGUGUGAGAUUGAUCGAGAGACAUUGCAAAAUCUAUGGCAAUUAGUUGCCUAUUAUUAUGAAACCCCAGCAAUUCUGGAAAGAGGUCAACAGAGGGCUAAUACAAGCAAAGUUACGUAUCAGUAUUCUCAGGCUAUCAAUGAGAACUCCCCCUACUUCACAGAACUAAAAGGAUAUUUAGAAGCCGAACCAGCAUGGCUGCUUCAACCCAGAGUCACUGUGAAGCUAAACAGGCAGCAGACAACAACAAGAAAACUUGUCAUGGAUUUCACCACUAUAAUCACAAAAAACAUCAACAGCCAUGGGAGGCAAGAAGAUGACAUUGAAGUUCCGUCCUCAUGGGCAUUGAUCCGUAGAGAAACAACUGGAAGGGUUCAAGCUGCCCUCGAGGGUUCAAAGGUCAAUUUACAGUGCAGUGUUGUUACUUCUGACCCAGAAGCAAAAGUAGAAUGGAUGCUUCCAGAUUUGUCCACUGUAGAGGAAGCAACGGAUAAGGUAAAAAUAUCAGAAAGAGGCCAACUUGUCAUUUCAAAUGCCACGCUUUCUGACUCAGGUCUCUAUCACUGCAUAGUCCGAAGCAAAGCAGGUGUGGACUUGAUGCCACUGAGAUUCACAGUCAAAGAGCGCACCCUUGGUCCAACAGCAUUUAAUGGUCAGAAAAUUAUGAUUGAGAAGGGGAACUCGCUGUCUCUUCCUUGUGAGGUGACCUCAUCUCAGCCCAGUCAGACCUUGUGGUACCUGCCCAAAAACCAAGUUCUCCUGCCGACGCAACAGACAAAAAGAGCAGAAGUGAUGGAAAAUGGGACUUUGGUGGUUAGAAAGAUGACACAUGAAGACGCUGGGGAAUAUAGCUGCUUGGCCUCCAAUCUGUACGGAGUUGACAUGCUCUCUCACAUAGUGGAAGUCACAGGGAAAAGGACUUCAGAAAAGACCAAAGUACAAACGGACAGAGAACCCCUUAUCAUGCCACUUGGUGUAGAUGAAGCGGAGGGUUCAGGGGUUGACUAUCAAGAAAUUGUAAGGCCUUUUGCUACACAGCUACCAGAGAAGGUAGGACGACCACACAGGAAACUCAAUGGGUUGUUUAAGGGAACACGGAUCAAAAAUUUAAAGAGGAAGCCCAAUAAAUCUGUUAAGGAAUUAGAUCCAAAUCGCUGGGCCGAGAUUUUAGCAAAAACUAAAGCUAAACCAAGUGUUCCUCUGCCUACUGAGCACUCACUUGAAGAGCCCAGUACAGUAACCAUCCAGGCUAGAACAUUCAAACCCUCAACUACAAGUGUGAGUACAACUGCAGAGACUUUAUUCCACUUUACUACCUCUCCUUAUAUUAAGCCAAAUACGUUUCCUUUUCAAGAAGAAGUUAAGACCGAAAUCCAUUCAAGAAAAGAGAAAAUGGAGACUCACUAUGAAGUAUCUGAAAUACAGCAAACUAAGCUGUUGGAUUUACACCCUGGAAGUACAGUGCCAUCCUUCCUGCAUGUUCAACAGACCACAGACGCAGUAGAAAGCAUUAAAACUCCAUCUAGUCCCCUUGUCAAGCAACUAGAAACCAAACACAUUGACACGGAAAGAAAAAACUUUGUUCCUGGUUGGUCUAACAGGAGAAGACCCUUUCAAAGACGUAGAAAACCCCCAAUGAGAAGACUCCAUCCAAACAAAACCCCUUCCUACCCAACAUCCAACAAGCCCCAAAGAACUGUGCCUCAAAAGACAUACACUACACCAACAACCACCACCACAACCACUACUACUCCCACCACAACAACUACUACCCCCACCACAACCACUACUACAACUACAACCACUACUACCCCCACCACACCAACAACAACCACCCCUGUUCCAACUACAGUAGAGUACAAUGAACCCCUACCAGCCGAGUAUGAGACAGAAGAUCGUGACACAUAUUAUGAGGAAUAUGAUUACAAGAGUAGGGAACGCUUGGAUGCUACAGAAGAUGGAAUCAGCGACAUCUCUACUAACACCCAUCUACAUGGUAGUGUUACACCCCCUCUAUUGGACAGAGAAAGAAAUCCUCAUUUGGCUAAUCAAGAAUUACCUAAUCCAAAAAGCAUUCCCACUCCAAAGCUGGAGACUUCAGUUUUAUGGACAACUGAAAAUCAUGUAAAUCUUAAGGAAAGCCAGAUAGAGGGAGUGGGGGUGACAGAACAAACCAAACAUGCUGUCACUAACACUAAAAGCAAUGAUAAAAGCCCCGCAAGAAUAAACGAGAAAGAGAAGAUGAAUGCAACCGAAGAGCAAGAAAAGUUUAAAGAUGAAGGUGAGGGACACAAGGUAAAAUUAAAAAUGGAGUCAGUUACUCAGAGCUAUGUUUCACAAGAUAAAUUUCGGUUAACAUCCCAUAGCAGGCAAGGAAGUAAAACUCAACCUUCACCUGAUCAAAACUUACCUGCAAAUCCAAAGAAACCAGAACCCAAUAAGAAGACUGAAAACCACCACCUUCAAGUUAUGGAACCACUUCACCCUUGGCUUCACCAGAACAAUCAGCAAAGAGGACAAACUACCAGUUCUAGGGUAACACACACAGAUCAUGGCAGAAAUGCAGCAAGACACGGUCAAGUAAAUCCAAGCAGCCAUUCCCAGCCUCCCAGAGUCCCUCCAACCUCCCGCUGGUCAGCACACCAUCAUCCUCAUCCAUAUUACCCCAUACACCCUUCCUUGACAGGUCAAAGGCAAUUUCCUCACCCAAGGCAAGGUCUGAAACCCACUCAUCGACCGUGGUCUUUCCUUCACCCAUGGGGUCACGGCUCAUCCGUCACCAACAGACCAGAGAUAACAGCUGAAACUGUAAAACCCACUACCACUGUUUCAGGAACAGACAAUUCCAGAGGUCUACCACCCAAUAUCUAUCAUCAUAGUCAUCAAAAUCACCACGUUGACAGCAGAGCCCAAACCAGAGAUCAUCUCUUUCUAUCGAGGCUCAGAAACCGAUACAGACAGGCCCAGCUUGAUCGGAUUGCUCAACUCGGAAGGAUAGCCACACCCAAACCUCGGACCGGCUACGAUCCUCCACCUCCAAUCACACCCAAAAAAGACUCCCCAUCCCCACAUGGACCUUUCACUUUGAAACCACCAGCAUCCACUGCUUCAUACAUUUACUCCCUGGAGCUCUUAAAGCCUGCUAAACCAUCAUCGUUGUUUGUUUUCCCCCAAACCCCUCCCUCACGUCCAACAACUUCUCCAGCUCUGUAUGGAGGACGAAUCAGCUCCUCCCAGAGUCCCACAGCGGCACCUCCUUUCCCAUGGCUGUUUGGAGUUAAUGGGAUGAAACCUCGGAUAACCACAGUUACCACAGCAAGUGUGUCUGUGCUCGCAGAAGAUGACGUCUUCCUUCCCUGCAAAGCAGCUGGGAACCCUGAACCUAACAUCGCUUGGACCAAAGUCUCCACAGGUGCCACUAUCCCAGCCAACACCAAACAUGGCUCCCGUUUUGAAGUCUUUAGGAAUGGAACUUUCCUCAUUAAAAACGUCCAGCUUCAGGAUCGAGGACAGUACCUCUGCACAGCCCACAACAGGUUUGGAUCAGAUCGUACGGUGAUCACCCUAGCUGUCCAGACGGAGGCCCCCAGAAUCCAGCCCCCCAAGUCAGCAGUAAUAUCGAUAUACUUAGGAAAGACUGCGACAUUCCACUGCCUAGCUUCUGGAAAACCACCUGCCCAGAUUUCCUGGAUUCUCCCAGACAGGACGUUCGUCCGAGAAGCUGGAACCAUCCACACCCUCCUUUCUCCGAUGUCUCUGCUUCAGAACGGGACCCUAAAAAUUCACUCAGCCAAUUUCUCCAGCAAAGGAGAUUACAAAUGUAUAGCAAGCAAUGCGGCUGGUGCUGAUACAGUCACUUAUCAACUCCAUGUGGCAGCUUUGCCUCCGAGUAUAAGUGAAGGAACACAGGAUACAGAGAUCGUUCAGCCAGACAGGAGUGUGUAUAUUCACUGCUCGGCAAAGGGUGAACCAGUGCCUGCUCUGAAGUGGAUGCUCCCAACGGGCGUCCAUGUUAAAGCAUCACAGUUUCUGGGACGCAGGAUAUUCGUCUUCCCAAAUGGGACGCUGUUUGUAAAGAAUGCUGUGCCAUCUGAUGGGGGCAGGUACGAGUGUUUGGCCACCAACCCAGUGGGUAUAGCCAAGCGAACAGUCCUGCUGGAAGUGAGAGAAGAGUCCUCCUCCUCAUUGCGCCAUGGCCCUCCUCCUCUUCCCAUCCCGCCAUCCCAGAGCCAUGGUUCUCCAUCCCGUCAACAUGUUGUGUCAGCUUUGUAUGGUUCCGCUGUCUACCUCCACUGUCCAGAGUCCACUGGAUCCUCAAGAGGGACUUUCUGGCAGCUGCCAUCUAAGAUCAUUCUGGAGCAUCAAUACAGCCCAGAGAGACCAAUUAAAGUUUUUCGUAAUGGGACCCUGAGGAUUCUCCAGCUAACAGAGCUCGAUGGUGGAAAUUAUCAGUGCAUCUUUCAGCGGCCUAAUGGGGAGGAGAUGGAGCUCUUCCAGGUAGACGUGUUGAUGACUCCCCCUCGAAUCGAACAUGUAAGGACGGCACAGACCAGAGUGAGCUUCGGAGAGAAUUUCCAGGUGGACUGUGUUGCGACGGGCCUGCCCAGCCCAGAUGUCUCCUGGAGUCUUCCAGAUGGAACAUUAGUCAACAACGCCCUUCAGUCUGACGACAGCGGCCUUCGCAAUCGACGUUAUGUGAUAUACGGAAAUGGCACGUUACUUCUUCAGCAUAUGGGCAGAAAAGAUGAAGGCGACUACACUUGCCAUGCUACAAACAAACUGGGCAAAGACGAAAGAAAACUCAGCGUCAAAGUCGGACCAAACGCUCCACAAAUUGGAUUAAAAUCCCAAUCACUCGUGAAAGUAAAACUGGGAGAAUCAGCUAAACUUAGCUGUCGGGCAACAGGUGAACCUAAACCGAGGAUCACAUGGAUCUCACCACAAACGGAUGUGAUACCACUAUUAUCAGACAAGUACAGGGUUAUAGAGGAUGGAACAUUAAUUUUGAAGAAAGUGACACUGGACGAUGAAGGGAAGUAUACCUGUGUGGCAAGGAAUUCUGCUGGUGAGGAUAUUAAAAACAUGAUAGUGGAAGCUGAACUUCAGGAACCCUUCAUUGAUGCUAUGACAGAGAGGACUACUACAAGGCUUCUGGCUGUUUCCUACCAAACAGCACUUCUGGACUGCAGAGUGGAGGGAAAACCCAAGCCCAAGCUCUGGUGGCUUACUCCCUAUGGCCACUCACUAACAACACCCUACCUUGGAGGUCGCUUUCAAGUCCACCAAAAUGGAAGUCUAGAGCUGAGGGGGGUAAGGAAGACAGAUGCAGGCAGGUACAAGUGUUUUGCUAAGAAUCACCUGGGUGAAGUUUCCCUUUCAGUAGAAUUAGACGUGGCAUCUCUAGCUGAGAAACCUAUCUUUUCUAAUCCUAACAUUGAGAUCUUACCAAUUAAGCAAGAUGGUGGUGAACUGAUCUUGGAGUGCCCUGCUCGGGGCACUCCAAUCCCAGAGAUUUCUUGGGUGCUACCUAACGGGACUUUGUUAUCAUCUGGACGGACACUUCAACGCUUUACCCACCAUCUCGGAAAUGGGACUCUACGGAUCCUCCGACCAACACCAACUGAUAAAGGAAUUUACCGCUGCCUAGCAAGAAAUGUAGCAGGACAAGCAGAGAAACGUUACUCCCUGGAGGCUGGCUGGAAACCUGUGAUCAGAGGAACAACAGGUGGAAUGAAGAUCACCUAUGGCCUCAGUCUGAACCUACCUUGCACUGUUGAUAGCUGGCCACAGGCACUGAUCACAUGGACCCUACCCAAUGGUGUGGUUUUGGACAAACCCCAGACCAUUGGUCGAAUAUCCUUCCUCACCAAUGGAACCCUACACGUCAGGCAGAUUGCCCCUUUUGAUAAAGGAACGUAUAUUUGCAGAGCCUCGAACUCUUUUGGAUCGUCAACACUGUCCUACCCCGUCAUCGUGAUGGUUUUCCCUCCCCGGAUCACAAGCACAAUGACCGCCAUCACAAGAGUCCUUCGAGGAACUCCGGUGAUGCUAAGGUGUGCCGCAACGGGCGUCCCCAAGCCAGAUAUUUCGUGGACGUUACCUGGCCGCACUACGCUGGUACCUCACAACCGGUACACGGUGCAGGGGGGAAUUCACAUGACAGACGGGGGUAGUCUGGUCAUACAAAAUCCUGUGUUGACUAACUCUGGAAUUUACAAAUGCAACGCUAAAAAUGCCCUCGGAACAGAUUUCAAAUCAACAUACCUACAAGUCAUUUGAGGGUGAAGGAGGAGCUCAUAGCAGACUAUAAUAGUAACUGAGGGAGGCGUCUUCUCUGAAGACUGACCAAUUAUCAAGAUGCUCUGCUGGCGGAUGUAAAACAACUUGAACUUUGGCUUAAAGCUUGAGAUACUAUAGAUACCAUUUGAUUGUAACUGCAGUACUUGUUUUACAUUUCAAGUUUUGUUCAACUCCAAAGAGUCAUGCUGAAAUACAUUUUCAUGAAGAAUAUUUUUCCACGGGAAGCUUUGCCCUCUUGGCCUUCCACCCUUGUAGAGAUUCCAUCUUCCCAUACGGCAUUGUUGUUAAUCUUCUGCAGUUAAAUAUUUAAGGUUCCUUAAUAUAGAUGGGUGUAAUCUGGUGCUUGUAUCUAGAAAUUGUUCUCUGUUGUGAGAGAAAUGUAUUUUACUAUGUUUUCAGCUGUCUCCAUAUUCAUCUCCUAAACUCUGUCAGGAACCUGAGAGUGCCGUUUCUCCCCAAACUUUACAUUAAACAAUCACAAAACGUCAGGCUUAACAAGUCCCCAUCAAAUAUACUUGUAUCCACCAUGAACAACUCCUCGGUGAUAAGUACCACAUAUUAGGAAAUUCUGAGUAUUUUCUGUACAAAGAUAAAAUUGCUCUCAGACGAUGCUCUACAUUGAUGCAACUACAUCAAAUGAUGUACGGUAAGUAUAAUUUUCACGUCUAUUCUCUCAGAAUGCUGGCAUCGUAGAUACAUCGUGACAUCUUAAUCAAUGAGGUGAAAGUGUGCUUGUAUAAUUUAUGAGUAAACAAAAUAAACAAGUGUGCGAUAUUUUUAUUAACUGUCCCACUCC